GGUUGCGCUUUUGUUCCCGUCGGCGAACGACCAGCAGGCCCACGCCACUUAAAGCGCCAUUCAACGCGCUGGCAUUUCCCCAAAGCGUUUAGCUAAAUGCGCUGAUUAUCUACUUGAUCGCCGUAUUAUUGUAGCGCUGCGGAGGAAGGAAGGCAUGCGGAGAGUGUGACAAUGCCAAAGGACUGAGGGCUUUCUUCGAUGCCAUAUGCUUCGGUCCGAAACACUUAAUGAUCUUCGGAGGUGUGUGCCCAUCCGUAACAUCCAUCAUCGCUGAGUCACUGGAGGGGUGGAACCUUGUGCAGCUGUCCUUCGCAGCAACAACCCCCGUGCUGGCAGACAAAAAAAAGUAUCCCAACUUCUUCCGGACAGUUCCGUCAGACAACGCCGUCAACCCGGCUGUAGUGAAGUUUCUCAACUUCUACAACUGGAGUCGAGUGGGGACCCUGACCCAGGAUGUGCAGAGGUUCUCUGAGGUGAGGAACGACCUAACCAACGAACUGGAGAAAGCAGACAUUCAAAUCGCCGAUACAGAGAGCUUCUCCAACGACCCCUGCGUCAACGUGAAGAAGCUGAAGGAUAAUGACGUGAGGAUAAUUAUCGGGCAGUUUGACGAGAACCUGGCCUCAAAAGUUUUCUGCUGUGCCUACAACCUGAACAUGUUUGGCAGUAAGUACCAGUGGAUUAUCCCGGGCUGGUACCAGGGGAACUGGUGGGAGCAAGCUAACUCCACCAACUGCACCACAAGGAAGCUGCUGACAGCCAUGGAGGGCUACAUCAGUGUAGACUUCGAACCACUCAGUGCCAAGCAGACCAAGGGCAUCUCUGGGAGGACACCACAGGAGUAUGAGCGGGAGUAUAACAGACAGAGGCAGCAGAAAGGCGUGGAAUCCAGCAAAUUCCACGGAUUUGCUUACGAUGGCAUUUGGGUAAUUGCAAAGACACUGACUGGGGUCAGAGAGAAACUGCGAGAGAAAGAGAGAGAAAGCAUCUACCGCAACUUUACUGUCGAUGACAAGGAGGUGGGGAAGAUGGUCUUGGACGCUAUGAAUGAGACCAACUUUUUUGGAGUGACGGGACAAGUUAUGUUCAGGAAUGGAGAGAGAAUGGGGACGAUCAAAUUCACACAGUUUCAAGAGGGCCAGGAAGUGAAGGUGGGGGAAUACAAUGCCAUUGAGGACGCUCUGGACCUCAUCAACAACACCAUCCGCUUUCAAGGAGUAGAGCCCCCCAAGGACCGGACGUUUGUGCGUUUGCAGCGGCGUCACAUCAACGUGCCCCUCUACAGCAUCCUGUCCACCAUCACCGUGCUGGGCAUGCUCAUGGCCGGAGCCUUCCUCUUCUUCAACAUCAAGAACCGCAACCACAGGUUAAUAAAGAUGUCCAGUCCGUAUAUGAACAACCUGAUUAUUCUUGGCGGAAUGCUGUCCUACGCCUCGAUCUUCCUCUUCGGCCUUGACGGGUCCUUCGUGUCAGACAAAGAGUUCGAAACCCUUUGCACUGUUCGUACGUGGAUUCUCAUAGUCGGAUACACCACUGCAUUCGGCGCAAUGUUUGCCAAGACGUGGAGGGUGCAUGCCAUUUUCAAGAAUGUCAAGAUGAAGAAGAAGAUUAUUAAAGACCAGAAGCUGCUGAUAAUUGUGGGCGGCAUGCUGCUGAUUGAUCUGUGCAUCCUAAUUUGCUGGCAGAUUGUGGAUCCCUUGAAGAGGACUGUGGAGGAGUAUAGCCUGGAGGCCGAUCCGCAAGGACGAGACAUCGCCAUACGCCCAUUUCUGGAGCACUGCGAGAACACCCACAUGACCAUUUGGCUGGGAAUCGUUUACGCCUACAAAGGGCUACUUAUGCUGUUUGGGUGCUUUUUGGCUUGGGAGACACGCAACGUGAGCAUCCCUGCACUGAACGACAGCAAGUACAUCGGGAUGAGUGUGUACAACGUGGGGAUCAUGUGCAUCAUUGGGGCAGCCGUCUCCUUCCUCACGCGCGACCAGCCCAAUGUGCAGUUCUGCAUAGUGGCCCUGGUCAUCAUCUUCUGCAGUACCAUCACCCUGUGUUUAGUGUUUGUGCCAAAAUUCAUCACUAUGAGGACAAAUCCUGAUGCAGCCACUCAGAACAGGAGGUUAAAGUUCACUCAGAACCAGAAGAAGGAGGAUUCCAAGACUUCGACGUCCGUGACCAGCGUCAACCAGACGAACACGUCCCGUUUGGACGGCCUGCAGACCGACAACCAUCGACUCAGGAUGCGGAUAACGGAGCUUGACAAGGACCUUGAGGAAGUGACCAUGCAGCUUCAGGACACGCCAGAGAAGACGCCCUACAUCAAGCAAAACCACUACCAGGACCUCAACAACAUCCUCAGCAUACGCAACUUUACAGACGGAAAAGAGGGAGAAAAAUCUAUCUUGAAAAACCACUUGGAGCAGAAACCCCAAGCACAGUGGGGUUCGGUGGACCCUUCCAGGAUAAACAGGGGUCCCCUGGAGGACAUUAACUCACCAGAACACAUACAACGCAGGCUGUCCUUACAGCUGCCCAUUUUGCACCACGCCUACCUGCCCUCCAUAGGGGGGGUGGACGCCAGCUGUGCCAGCCCCACGGCGAGCCCCGGCUCCAGCCCCCGGCACAGACACAUGCCCCCGUCCUACCGGGUCAUGGUUUCCGGCCUGUGAGGAGGGAAGGAGGGAGACACGGAGGAGACGCCCCAACCGUUUUUUUAAAAACAAAAAAAACAGACUGCGGUCAUCAGCAGCGAAGGGACUGCGCAUCAGGACAAUCCCGAAUGCACUCAUCACACGCUCCUCCGUCAGACAGGGACUGACCCCUGAGUCAGGUGGGGGCGCUGCCUCGACCUCACCCCGAUACAAACGAAAACUGUAGUGGAUGGGCGGCAGUGGACUCAACGUGACCUGUAGCCUUACCUGCUUCAAAGGGGCUUUUCAUGUGGGUUUUUGUUUUCUUUGUCACAGACUCGAACGUGUCAAAAACGGAUGUUUCGCUGCAAGACCUGGAUUUUUGUUAAGGACGCCGGAGGAGUUUCCGCAACCAACCAAGGAUUCUCAAAAGUAACCGUGGCAACCAUGUAAAUACCAUACUUUUUGACUUUGAGUAAGCUUUUGAGUAAGCUUUGAGUAAAGCUUUGAGUAUGCUACAAAAGGGACGUAUGGGAGAAGGCGAAAAUCUCAUUCAAUCUUCAAACAGACAUGAAAAAAAUGUAAAACAAAUUGGUUUGUGUGAUAUUACUUUGCAUUUAUUGGUGUCUUCAGUGGUGUGGAAAGUGUUGGCUCAUGGCGUGUGAGUGUAAUUUUAGAUUAUUGCCGUUAAAUAGCAAGUCGACUGACUCCAGGGGCCAAUUCUUUAACAGGUAGGGUAAUAUGCACAGCUGAGAUUUUCCACUUUGCUGAAUUUGCACUGUUCACAUCCUUAAAAACAUUUUUCCUUUGCAUACAUUUGCUCAUGUGACAUAUCAUGCAAAGUGGUGAAAACUUACUGGCUGUUUUUCGAAACCUGCAAAGUAUCUGAAUUUUCUAGGAUUGACAAUUGCUCAUUUUUAUGUCCGGUUAAGGUUGCACUUGCCAAGAAUGUAAAGAGUAUGACAUCACAUAACCAAGUUGGUGAGAGGAUUUCAAAGAUACAUUAAGCCAUUUAGAACCAGAUGAAAGGUGACUAUGGCACAUUUACUGCAAUAUGCGUGUUGCAUGUACGCUGAAAAAGUCAUUAAUCAGUUCAAAACAGAAGGCCCAAAAAAUGAUUUCUCAAUUCAGGAAAAUUCUUUAACCCCAGUAAACUGCCAUGGAAAUGUACCGAUAUAGAAAUUACCAGUACUACUACAACUUCAGAUAUACUGUAUAUCUACCAUUCUAACCUUUUCAAAACUAGCAUGAAUUUUGUAGUCAAAUCUCAAGAACAAAACAGAAUAUGCAGGAAAAAUAUAGACCUAACAGACUCAUCAAUGUCACUAACGCGGACCCUAGUGCACCCACUAAACUUACAAUUCUUAAUCGGCUAGUGUGAAAAGUUCCGUAACUAUUACUGAAGUUACCGACCCAGUUCGCUAGCCAUCUAGGAGUUGAAAACAAAAGGCUGUCCUCUGAGGAUUCUGUUGUUCACAUAGGAGCUUAUGUAUGCUCUGUAAUUUUAGAUGGAGUUCAGAAGCAGUUCAAAUUGGUUGCUUCCAGCAUGGAAAAAUGUAGCAAUGCACCAUGGGUUUGAAAACAAUUCGACAAAAACAAGGAGAUUAAAAACAAAAAAACAUCACUUAAACAUUUUCAAUUAUUUGUUGUAUGAUCAGUGUUGUUGUGUUUGGGUUUCCACGUGAAAAUAAGCGUGUACAGUAUAUACUGUACAAUAAUACCUUUUAAAUAAAUAAUACUUAUUUAUAUAAUUUUAUGUUUUAUUAUUUAAUAAUAAUAAUAAUAAUAAGACUGUAGGUAUUUGGUCAAGAACUCAUCACCAGUUUUCUUCUAGGAACCCCUAAUGGAACCUCACUAUUGUCAACACUUCAUCACAUGUAAUUAUCAAUGUAUGUCCAAGGAGGUACACAAUGCAGUAGGCCUGUUCUUAUUAUAGGAUAAAAAUUUAAAAAAACACUGGGCACUUGGCAACAGUGAUCGUGCUUCUGAUUGGUCUUGUUACUUGGCACAUGGGGAUGUAGACAUAGUUCUUUUCAUUUCUCACAUCAGCUCGCUGUACCACAAAACAAGUCUUGAUCAGCCAGUUUGAUUCGCAGAUCAAACGUAAUGCAACCCGGUAGACUUUACCAAAACAUCUUUAAGUUAAAGAAUUUGGUCAAAAGCUAAGGCCUGUUCUCUAAUCAACUGCCCUGUAAGUGGUGCUCAUGCUAUUUUGAGGAAAAAAUAAUCUGCAGCACGUGUACAUUUUGUAUCCCACCAUCAUUUUCUACAAUGUUCUAGUAUGAGGGCAUUUUCAGACUUAAGUGGCCUGUUUUAAAGCCUAUGAAGUCAGAUGUCACCAAGGGGCAGGAUCUGGUGGUGGUGGUCCAGGUGGAGAUGGGAAAGCUCUAUGACCCGUCCGCUGGUCUUGAACAAAGACAUUCUCUCGAAAGUACUGCUUUCUGAUGUUAGUAAGAGGAAGUCAUUGCUAUUCAUUUCAGUGCAGCAGAGUGUAAGCCGCACUUAAAAAAGGCUUCCCAUUCCCACCAAUCAGACAACAGCCCCUUCAACUGAUGGAGGAAGUCUCUAGAAAAGAAAAUAGUUUUAUUGUGUCAAUUUGUUGACACAUCGAUGGCAUUUUGGUUCAAAAGGAACUCUCCACAUUGCAUGAACAUGAAAUUUGAUGUUCAGUUCACAUAGUUACCUCUGCUUUUGCAAUUGUGAUUAAUCACAGCUGUCUUAAGGCAAUCAUCAUACCAAGUCAGUCUGUGUGUUCUCAAUGAACCAUUAAGAAAAUGCUGUUCUGAAUUCUGGUCUGAAUUCUAUACAUGUACAUAACGAAUGAAAACAGCAUACUAUAUCUAAGCAGAAAAAAACCAAACCCAAGUUGUUGGAAUUAUUUUUAAUUGAAUUUCGCCCACUGGCCAUGAAGCAUAAACACUAAUGGAGGAAGGCAUUUUAUGAGCUGUAAAGAACCACUUUGUGAAUCUGCAAAUUCAACUAAAACACACAUUUUGGGAAAAGUAGAAAACUUUUUUCUCUUUAUAAAAAUGCCAAAUAAUGAAGCAUAAAUGAUGUACCACAUCAUUUCCAUUUCAAACUUUUUCAAAUGUUAAAUUUUUAGUAUCGCUAAACAUUCUUAAUUUUGUAUCAGGCAGUUAAAGGGCUUGUCAGUACGAAAACACUGCUCUACAUAAAUCUGAUGCAUUAUCUGGUAAUUCUCUGUUCUUUUCAAAAACCUUCAUGAGCAUACUUUCACCAAAUUUGAUACGUAUGUUUGUCAGGUGACAGAUCUAUCACUUUCACCACUAUAUUUGUCAUAGCUCAAAAAUCAUGGUUCCCACACCUUAACUGGUCUGUGCAACUCAUCCUUAUAUACAGUAUCUGUAUCUAUGUAUGUAUAGUAGCGGUAGUGAUGGAGUUCUAUGAUAUGAAUAUUACACAGAAUCACAACAACAUUUACAUCAGUUGACAUGAAUUGAGUUAUAUUUUAUUACAAUGCGCUACUUUUAAGUGUCUUAAUGUAAUGGACUUUACUUUUAACAUCAUGAUCAAAUAAAGUGAAAAUGACUAUAAUUCAGUUCAAUGUUUAUUUGGAUAUAUGACGUGCUUUCUAGAACAUUGACAAAAUCUAUUAUGUGGUUUCGAUAUUGAAAUGAUUUCUGCCCAAAAGAAAUGACAACCUGACAACAGCCACGCAGUAUUCCCCAUGUCCUUACAUUCUCUAUUUUUAUAAUCAAGAAACCGCAUAUCGACCCAACUGUAUUCAAAUAUUUUCACUUCAGUGGUCUUUAUGAAAACAUCAGGCUUUCCCCCAAACAAUUGAUAAGAACUGUGAAUUGUAACAAUCAUGCUUUGCCUUCUUACUCGAAAUACUUAUAUUUCAAAUAUAUAUAUAUAAUUAUAGAGGCUGUAUAACCAUAAGGAAUAUGGCAUUAUUUCUUUCAUUGUAAAGACUGUGUGAAAUCUUACUCAGAAAUUUGAGACACUGUGGGUUUAAAGGACUAUAUCACAUUGUGACUGUGAGACACAAAGACACAAGCUCCGUUUUGUGAGUCGCCGUUAUCACGAACGACAAUCUUUUAAAAGCAGCAUGACUUGUGCAACAUAUCACGUAUAGAGGGAGUUCUUAUUUCAACAGGCAAUAAAACAUUGCGAUGAAGUCGACGCUUCGCCUUUAAUGUUGAGAAUGUGUAUGUUGUACUAGAAACGAGAUCUAAUAAUUCAACCCUGUUGCUUGUACAAUGUAAGAACAGGGGGGGUUUGUUUUCUGUAAGGACAGCUGAAACUCCAUUGUAAUUGUUCUACUUAGCUGAAGGAUGUUCGUGGAAACAUUUUCACGGGAGGCACUUCGCCCGCCGUGAUACGUAAGCCGGAGACGGAGCAUUGCACCCGCCAUUGCGGAUUCAAAUUUCAAAACUGCACUCUGCAGUCCCUCAAUGAAUCCGCUCCGACCACCUUCUUUUGCCUGGUUCCACUCAGUAACAAUGAAUGCCAUGUCAUCUCCCAGGAGAAUGGACAAUUCCUGUAUAUAAUGUAUACACACAUUUCUCUCUAGAAGUAUUAUUCUAAUAUAGCAAGAAAAAUAUGAAUUAUUAAAUCUAAAAAUGAUAGGAUUGUUGGAGGUGAGUGUGUAUGUCUGUUGCCUGUCAGUGAAUUAUGACUGUGUGCAGUUUAAUACAUUUAUAACAUGCAGCUAUUUGCUAUUCCAUCUUAGGUUUUUUUUUCUUUUCUUCCCUUUUUUUUUAAACUUGGCAAGCGAGCGCCCUUCGCAGAGACAGUUUGGAUAUUUUAAUUUCAAUUUUUUUUCUUUUCUUUUUUUUUUUUUUUAGAUACAAGAAAAUGUAUAUUCUGGAGGAGGCUGUGCCCCAGCUGUGUUCCAAAUGUUUGUGCGCACACGGGAGCUCUCAAUAACGGAAUGGAAUUGUUUAAAAAAAGAAUCACAACAGCAAAAACGCAUACAUUUCAUUUUCUUGUACCCUGAAACUGCAUGAGAUCAAUUUUUAAUGAAUUCUCCCCACCCCUGAAAAGUAUGUUUUUACUAAUAAAAUACUGAAGAAAAAGAAGAA